GCUUGUCUUUCGGUAUUGUCGUAAUAAAAAUAAUUAAAAAUAAGAAAAGUGUUUAAAUUAAUAUUUAUUUAUAAAUAGUUUUAUAGAAAAAGUUAAAUUUGGUUACUAAAUCACUAUAUUUAAUAGUAAAUUUAUAGUUUAAAAAAGUAGUUUUAAAUGUGUUGCUGGCAGCGCAAGCGUAAGGAAAAUAUUGUGUAUCUAUUGUUUUAAAAGCAAAUUUUGUUGUUGGUGUUUUUGUUGUUGUCGCGAAAAGUUUGAAUCACCGCAUUACGCAGGAAAAAUGUAAAUAAAAAGAGAGCAAUUAUUACUAUAAAGGGUAAACAUACAUACAUAUGUAUGUAUGUAUGUCAUGAAGAUAAAAGCUCCAACUAUGGCCUGUUUUUACAUAAAAUAAAGCAAAAGUUGUUAAAAGUGUUAUUACUUGAAUGUGUUUUAUUGUUUUUUUGUUAAAGUUUUUUAGUUUUAAAAAGUGUUAUUAGAAAAAGCAUCAGCAUUCUAUGGGUUUUUUAAAAUAAAAGUAAAAAAUUAUCAUAUUAUGAAUCCAGUUAUUGUUACAAAAAGCUCCAAGGUGCUGUAUAUUUGUGGCUUUCCAUCUGGGGUUUAGUUUUACGAGAAUGUAGUCAACAAAUAACCGAUAUAGCUAAGCAACCGUUUCAGUAUGUCAUGGAUCUAAUAUAUUUCUAUGAUGAUGCCUGCGGACAGCCUGCUGUUUUAGUACCAGGUAAUACUGUUGCCAUCUCUAUGAACCUGACUGACACUGCCGAGCCGACCGAAACUCGUACUUUUAUAUUUUUAAUUUGUUACGUAAUUAUUAGCACUAUGUGGAUUUUAACUUCUUUAUGGUCGAUGUUAACCAGUUUGUGUUCAGCUCACAGAAAUUUAAAACUUCUAAGUUUUGGUUCUUGGUUUACAGUCGUACUAGCGGGAAGUGUUUUAGAUGCUGUAGCUACGGGUUAUCACAUACAUAAUUUAGUUCAUACUACGUCGGCCAAUAAAACAUUCCAAUACUUGGGCAUUACUACCACAAGCUCUGCUAUGGAUUAUAUCCGAAGUUUCGAUGAAUAUUUUGUGGCGCCAUCAAUUGUUAUGGCUUGCGUUAGUUCCAGAAUCAUUUUGAUAUGGCUCCUUAACCUAUCAGGUGCCAGCAACUGCAUGUUAAUUGUACUGAAUUCCCCAAAAGAACCUGUAACGACAUCUUCAGAAAAUGGAGCAACAACUACAAAUCAGAAUUAAUAAUCAAAAUGUUGAGAUAAAAAUAAUAACACAAAAAUUAUAUUAAGUUGAAUUUAAAUAUAUAUAAUGACCAAUA